AUGGCGGGCCGCAGAACCGGAGGGACCACUCCGGACGGCUCGCAGGCAGGAGACACAAAUAGCAGCGAGCAGAUCGACAGCAUGCGGUCAGAGAUCAGUUCGCUGACACAGCAAAUGGGCCAGCUGGUGCAGCUGGUCGGAGGACUUGCUGCACGUAUAGAGGAGAAGUCCGGCGGUGCCACGGAGGGCGCCGCUGAAAGCGGCGGCGCCGUGGAGAGCGUCGCCACAAGCACUGCAGGUCAUUUUGGGACCGUGCAGUACGACGGGAGCGCGCAGGCAGCGGACCUGCGAAGAGAGUCUGGUCCUUCGGGACGACACAGCGGCGAAGUAGGGGGUUCAGACCCCCAAGAGGUGAGAGUAGCCGCUGCUCACAAUCAAGCUUGUUUCAGCAGCGCCAUGGGAAGUGGUGCUGCUGUCUUCGGUAGUGCGAGCGUGGGAUACCAAAGCGUGAAGUGCACAGCGCCCACGUUCAGCGGAGACGCCAAGAGCUUUUCUUCGUGGCGAGAGGGUUUUUUGAUGGCAGCGAACACAGCAAACCUUCUUGAGCUGAUCGAGGAGGGGGGGGCGGAGAUCCCCGUAAACAGUGGGCAGAGCAAAGUCCAACUGUCCAGGUUUUACCCGCACGACAAAGUAGAGCUCGCUUUCCACGCGUGGAAUUUCCUCCGUGGAGCUCUCAAGGACGAGAAAGACAGGACAAUAAUGAAGCGAGCUGAGUCGCCCCUGGGGGCGCUCCGUGAGCUGAAGGGGUUGUACGACCCAGAAUCGUCCAUGCAGCCUGCGGAUGAGUUACAACCCCUGACAUCCAAGAAGGUCCCGAUGGCAGAGAAUCCGCAACAUGCUCUCAACAGUAUGCUCGCCACCGCAGAGUCCCUUUCGAAACGGGGGCUUGAUGUUAACGAAACCUUC